CCCUUUAGAUCUCAUAUAUCAGUUGAUUUCAAGACUCUACCCAUAAAAAGUUUAAAAAUUUGUUCUGUGAAACUUUUCGGUAAAAAUUUAGAAAAACCAAAAAAUAAAAAUAUUGAAAAACAAAAAAAAUUUAAAUAUUCAAGAUAUAAUAGAUAGAGUACAUACCUGAGCACCAGUUCCAGAAUGAGUUAUACCCAUCUGUUGCGCCAUCAGAACGUGGUCGACGACUGCCAGCGGGUGAGUUGCAAUCGAGGUCCUGGCUGCGCCCUGUCCGGACGAUGUGUCAUCUCGCGGGACAUCGUCCUCGGCUGCGAAAUGGAGCUCUCCGAUCCGGACCUGCCCUAUAUGCUGGAGCCCACCUGGAGCGUCUAUCUGCGCUCUGGGCCGGAUGGCGGCGACCUGUCCAAGUUCGUGCAACGCGUCUCCUUCCGGAUGUCGCCGAAGCUGCCGCUCCGGUUGCAUGUCGCCGAUACGGCUCCGUUCGAGAUUAGCGAGGUCCUCGGCAGCGAUUUCCCGGUGGAGGUGCAGGUCCAGUAUAUCGAUGCUCGGAUGACGCCCACCACCUACAUCUUCCGGCCACGGGCCGUACGCGAAGGACACGGUGGCCAGCGCGAGGAGAUGCACGACAAGAUGAUCUUCGUGAAUCCCUCGCCGGCGAUGCGACUCAACCUGCAGCCGUUGCCAGUGCCCGGGGCGAUGGGAGUGGCCGGUGACGUCGGUGCAUCCAAGAUGGGGCUAACCGCGACCUUGGGACGGGACGACGACUUCGGGGGCGGGGAGGAGGAGCGCGAGGAGGUGGGCGACUCGCCACGUCGCUCCGAGCACCAGUUGUCCAGCGAAUAUCUUCUCAAGAAACGCUUCGGAGGAAUCUAAUGGAAAUCUUUCACUUUUCACUCUUUUUUGGUCUAUGUGGAGUAUGAGCCGCGAUUCACUGUUUAAUUCAGAGAUCAUAUAGAAUCCAUAAAUAAAUAAUCAAAAAUUAUAUAAUACACGA